UCCACGGAAGGCGCUGCACGGACUAGUAAAAGCUUCUCGUUUUACCUGACUGAGCACCCAGUGAGGUCACUGCACCAGGCAGACGAUGUGCUUCAGCCGAAGUGGAGCACAGAUGGGCACCGGAUGCGUCUUGAAGCAGCAUCAGCUGUGACAGAAGAUCCCGAUCCUGAAACAACAGCUGAAGGAUCCCUGUCCCCAGAACCAAAGACCAUGGAGCUCUCUGACAGUGACAGACCCAUCAGCUUUGGCUCCACCUCAUCCUCAGCCUCUUCCCGCGACAGCCAUGGCUCCUUUGGCAGCAGAAUGACCUUGGUUUCAAAUAGCCACUUGGGCUUAUUUCACCAGGAUAAGGAAGCAGGGGCCAUAAAGCUGGAGCUGGUUCCAGCCCGGCCGUUUUCCAGCAGCGAGCUGCAGAGGGACACCCCUGCUGGGCCGCAGAACAUGGACGAGAGCCGUGAGAGGCAGCCCAGGACCCCAUGGAGAGUGGACACAAAUGGGGCGUCCAAAACCACGGCAGACACAGCCACCAGCCCCAAGCUCCUCUAUGUGGAUAGGGUUGUGCAGGAGAUUCUAGAGACGGAAAGGACUUACGUGCAAGAUUUGAAAAGCAUCGUGGAGGAUUACCUCGACUGUAUCAGGGACCAAGCAAAACUUCCCCUGGGGACUGAAGACAGAGCCGCCCUUUUUGGAAACAUACAGGACAUCUAUCACUUCAAUAGUGAACUUCUGCAAGAUUUGGAAAACUGUGAAAAUGAUCCUGUGGCCAUCGCGGAAUGUUUUGUGUCCAAGAGUGAAGAGUUCCACAUUUACACCCAGUAUUGCACCAACUACCCAAGGUCAGUGGCCGUGCUAACCGAGUGCAUGAGGAACAAGAUGCUGGCCAAGUUCUUCCGGGAACGCCAGGAAACUCUGAAACACUCGCUGCCUCUGGGGUCCUAUCUCCUGAAACCAGUUCAGCGGAUUCUCAAGUAUCAUCUCCUUUUGCAUGAAAUAGAAAACCACCUUGACAAGGACACAGAUGGCUACGAUGUGGUGCUUGAUGCUAUAGACACUAUGCAGCGCGUGGCCUGGCACAUCAAUGACAUGAAGCGGAAACAUGAACAUGCAGUCCGGUUACAGGAGAUACAGAGUUUGCUCACAAACUGGAAGGGGCCAGACCUCACCAGCUAUGGGGAACUGGUGCUCGAGGGAACCUUCCGUCUCCAGCGGGCCAAGAAUGAGCGGACGCUCUUCCUCCUUGACAAGCUGCUUCUCAUCACCAAGAAGAGGGAUGACACGUUUACAUACAAAGCUCACAUCCUGUGUGGCAACCUCAUGCUCGUGGAGGUGAUCCCCAAGGAGCCACUCAGCUUCAGCGUCUUCCACUACAAGAACCCCAAGCUGCAGCACACUGUUCAGGCUAAGUCCCAGCAAGACAAGCGGCUCUGGGUUCUGCACCUGAAGAGACUGAUCCUGGAGAACCAUGCGGCAAAGAUUCCAGCUAAGGCCAAGCAAGCAAUACUUGAAAUGGAUGCCAUUCAUCAUCCAGGCUUCUGUUACAGCCCUGAGGGAGAGACAAAAGCAUCCUGUGGCUCUAGAGAAGGUUCUACACCCUAUCGGCUCAGAAGAAAAUCUGAACCUUCCUCGAGAUCACAUAAAGUUUUGAAGACCAGCGAAACAGUACAAGACAUCCGAAAGGUGUCUAGAGAGGAAGACUCUCCCCAACGGACUUCUGCAGGGCCUUCUCCUGCCCAGAGGAACAGCCAACCAGGCAGUUCUGCUGUGAGCAGCGUGCUUCGUGGGGGUGGCACCAUCAGAAACAUCUGGACCGAUCACCAGAUCAGGCAGGCCUUGUUUCCCAGCCGCCGGUCCCCCCAGGAGCACGAGGAUGAUGAAGAUGAUUACCAGAUGUUCGUGCCAUCCUUUUCUUCCUCGAACUUGAACUCGGCCCGACUGUGUGAAGAGAGCACUUCAAGUCGCCCUUGCAGCUGGCAUAUGGGACAGAUGGAGUUCUCAGAGGUUUCCAGCUCUGGCCACAGGAUUGUCCGGAGGGCCAGCAGUGCCGGUGAGAGCAACACGUGCCCGACUGAAAUAAGAAGGAGGGACAGCAGUGGCUCUCAGUAUAGUCCCCGAAGGGAACUGCAGAUCGGCCCACAAAGAGAAGGGCAGGAAGGGAUGACUCCCUUUGGGUCAUCUGUAGAGUUGACAAUUGAUGAUAUAGACCAUGUCUAUGAUAACAUAAGUUAUGAGGACUUGAAAUUAAUGGUUGCUAAACGGGAAGAAGCUGAAUUCACUCCCUCCAAAUCAGCCAAGGACUCCGUUCGUCCCAAGAGCACCCCGGAGUUAGCCUUCUCAAAGAGGCAACCUGGCCAUAGUACCAGUUCCCUACACACCAAAAGAAAUGGAGUGCUCACCAGUCAAGAGGCAUCUCAUCAAAGCACUCAGGAGCUCCAGGUGGUAGAGGAAAACAUUUAUGACACUAUCGGGCUCCCAGACCCACCACCUCCAGAUUUCAAAAGCAACAGCCUUAAGCGGCCCAAGAGGAGCACCUUUUUGGGUUUGGAAGCUGACUUUGCAUGUUGUGACAGCCUGAGGCCAUUUGUUUCCCAAGACAGCCUCCAGUUCAGUGAGGAUGAUGCACCUUACCACCAGGGGCCCCCCGACAAUGACUAUUUGAGUUUGCUGUACAACUCCUCCAACUGCAACUUGACUGUAGCAGAUAAGGCUCUGUCUGAUAAACUGUCUGAAGAGGUAGAUGAAAUAUGGAAUGACUUGGAAAAUUACAUCAAGAAAAAUGAAGACAAAGCUAGAGACCGUCUCCUGGCAGCAUUUCCUGUAAAUAAAGAUGAUGUCCAAGACAGGCUGCAUGCAGAGAGCACCCCAGAACUGCACAGAGACCCCGGGCACUCCACAUCCACUCUGUCCCUCCCUGAGAGCCAGGCUUUCCUCACACCUCUGAAAAGCAGGGCCGGCAGAGCUAGCCGGGCCAACUACCCACUUGAAGAAGACCUGAUUUCUACAGAAGGCUCCUUUGUGAGUCUUAACCGACUCUCCUUGGCCAGCGAAAUGCCCCCGGUGGACAGCCCCUACGACUCAGCCAACAGCAGCCUGCCCCAGACAGACCCCGAAACCCCUGAUCCUGGGAUGGAUGUCACAGAUAAGACAAAAAGCAGGGUCUUUAUGAUGGCGAGGCAGUACAGCCAGAAGAUCAAGAAGGCAAAUCAGCUUUUAAAAGUGAGAAGUCCGGAGUUGGAGCAGCCGCCAUCCAGUCAGCAUAAAUCCACCCACAAAGACCUGGCAGCCAUCCUGGAGGAGAAGAAGCAGGGUGGGCCUGCUAUUGGUGCCAGGAUUGCUGAGUAUUCCCAACUGUAUGACCAGAUUGUCUUCAGGGAGACGCCCCUUAAAAUUCAGAAGGAUGGCUGGGCCAGCACACAGGAACCGUCCCUCCUCAGGGCUGCCUCACCUUCCCAGGGCCAACAUGGUGGCGAGGAUUGGCUCUUGCAUUCAACUUAUAGUAAUGGAGAGUUAGCAGAUUUCUGUCCCCGGCCAGAGCAAGACUUGAGGUCAAAGUAUCCCACUUUAGAUAUUGGUACCAAAAGUACCCCAAGACAGUUGUCUGCAGCUUGCUCUGUGCCUUCUCUUCAAAUCUCUGACCCUCUCCUGGGCUCCAUGCAGAGAUGCAGUGUGGUAGUAAGUCAGCCCCACAAAGAGAACUCAUGUCAGGGCCAUCUUUACAACUCGCUGGGUCGGAAAGGAAUCAGUGCUAAAUCCCAGCCUUACAACAGGUCCCAGUCUUCUUCCUCCAUCUUGAUAAACAAAUCAAUGGACUCCAUCAAUUAUCCCAGCGAGAUGGGAAAGAAACAGCUGCUGUCCUUACACCAAAAUGCACGGUGUGAGAGCCACCAGGAUUUGCUGCCAGGUACAGCUGAUUCAUGUCAGCAGGGUGCUGAAAAAUGCUCUGACCUCACACUCCAAGACUCACAGAAAGUUCUGGUAGUAAAUAGAAAUUUACCUUUAAACGCCCACCUAGCCACACAGAACUAUUUUUCCAAUUUCAAAGAGACUGAAGAUGAAGAUGACUAUGUGGAAAUAAAGUCUGAAGAAGACGAGGUGGAGUUGGAGCUAUUGCAGAGUCGCAGAAGGAAAUCUGACUCCAAGAUCGCGGAUGCCGACUUCUCUGAUAAUGUCUGCAGCAACAACCCACCUUACUCCUUGAAUAGUCCAUGCACUCCAAAAGAGCCCAUAAACAGCAAACUUGGGCUUUCACCGUAUCUGACAGCAUACAGUGAUUCUGACAAACUGAAUGACUACCUUUGGAGGGGGCCGUCUCCCAAUCAACAAAACAUUGUCCAGUCUCUAAGGGAAAAAUUUCAGUGUCUUAGUUCAAGUAGCUUUGCCUAAGGCUUCUCAGUAAUAGCUGCCUGAAUUAACUUCCUCUUACACUCAUAAAUCACAGAUACUGAUAGGUUUUGUAUGUAUCAGAUUAAAACAAUUUUGUAAUAACCAGAGGUGUAAAAUAUACUUUCUUUUACAGCACAACUUUUUGAGCCGGCUGACCCUACAG